GUGAUAGCCGCUCACUGCGCGGCGGGAGGGGCGCUUGGACAAGGGGCUGGCGCGCCGACCGGCGCAGCGCGUCAGCAUGGAGGAGCAACUGCUAAAUUUCGCCGUACCACUCGACCUGAAUGUGCUCGAGCAGGUCGUGCAGAUGGUGUACACCGGGACGCCGCAGCAGAUGCAAUCCGCGCAGCGGACGCUCUCGCAGCUGCAGGAGCGGAUAGCGGGCGAGGACGCGGCGGGCGCGCUCAACUGGUUCAGAGUGGACCAGAUCCUCGACGCGAGCGCGCCAUGCACGGCGAAUACGCGCUUCUACGCCCUGCAGAUCCUCGACGGCGCGAUCAAGUACCGCUGGAAGACGCUGCCGCCGCCGCAGCAGGCGCGGGGAGGGAGGAAUGGCAUCAAGAACUUCAUCGUCAACUUGGUCAUUCAGAAGUCGUCCGACGAGGCGACGUUCCGCGCCGAGAGGGUCUUCAUGACCAAGCUCAACGUCAUCCUCGUCCAGAUCGUCAAGCAGGAGUGGCCGCACAACUGGCCGUCCUUCAUCCAAGACAUUGUCAACGCGUCGAAGACCAACGAGACAUUGUGCGAGAACAACAUGGUUGUGCUCAAGCUGCUGUCGGAGGAGGUGUUUGACUUUUCGCGCGACGAGAUGACGUCGGUCAAGGCAAAGAAGCUCAAGGAGUCGUUCAACGCCGACUUCUCGCUCAUCUUCCAGCUGUGCGAGUACAUCAUGGCGAACAGCGCGAAGCCGUCACUGCUGGUCUGCACCUUUCAGACGCUGCUCAAGUUCCUCAACUGGAUCCCGCUCGGCUACAUCUUCGAGACGCAGCUCGUAAAGACGCUGGUCUACAAGUUCCUGCCCAACGCGGCCUUCCGCAACGACGUGCUCGCCUGCCUGACGGAGGUUGGCUCACUCGACAUCGGGACCAUCUACGAGUCGCUCACCGGCGAGAUUGGCGCCGCGUAUGACUCGCACUUCGAGGCGCUCUUCACGCAGGUGGCGACCGCCAUCCUGCGCGGCGACGGACAGGGCCCGCCGAUGGUGAACGCCGACCUAGACAUGGCGCAGGUCUGGGCGAGCGGCACCGACCACGACCAAACCUUCAUCCAGAACUUGGCCCUCUUCUUCUCCUGCUUUUUCCGUCAGCACCUGCAGAUCGCAGAGCGGACCGCGCAGGCGGACCCGACGCUGCUGCAGGCGGCCCCCCGCCCCGCAAACGACAGCCCGCCAAGAGACGCGCCGCGAGAGCGAGAGCUCUCUGGGGCCGCGGCCCUCUCGCUGAUCGUCUCCAUCUCGCACGUCGACGACCAGGAGACCUUCAAGAUCUGCCUCGAGUAUUGGAACGGGCUGACCUCGGACCUAUACCACACCGAGUGCCAGUUCCAGCCGCCGCCGCAGUCGCCGCUGGUGCUCGCGCCGGCGGCGCUCUCGCCCGCCGCGUCGCCGCGGCUGCAGCUGUACGCGCCGAUCCUGACCAAGCUGAGACAGCUCAUGGUCUCGCGGAUGGCGAAGCCGGAGGAAGUGCUCAUCGUGGAGGACGAGAACGGCGAGAUUGUGCGCGAGACGAUGAAGGACAGCGACGCGAUCACGCUGUACAAGACCAUGCGCGAGACGCUGGUCUACCUGACGCACCUCAACUACGACGACACCGAGAACAUCAUGCUCGACAAGCUGCAGUACCAGGUCGACGGCUCGCAGUGGUCGUGGCACAACCUCAACACGCUCUGCUGGGCGAUCGGCUCCAUCUCGGGCGCCAUGUCGGAGGAGGACGAGAAGCGCUUCCUCGUCACCGUCAUCAAGGACCUGCUCGGCCUGUGCGAGAUGAAGCGGGGCAAGGACAACAAGGCCGUCGUCGCCUCCAACAUCAUGUACGUCGUCGGCCAGUACCCUCGCUUCCUGCGCGCGCACUGGAAGUUCCUCAAGACGGUCGUCAACAAGCUCUUCGAGUUCAUGCACGAGCUGCACCCGGGCGUGCAGGACAUGGCGUGCGACACCUUCCUCAAGAUCUCGCAAAAGUGCCGCCGCAAGUUCGUCAUCCUGCAGGUGGGCGAGGCCAUGCCCUUCAUCGACGAGCUCACGCUCAACCUGCGCUCGGUCAUCUCUGACCUCGAGCCGGGGCAGGUGCACGUCUUUUACGAGGCGGUGGGGUACAUGGUUGCGGCGCAGUCGGACGCGCCGACGCGGGACGCGCUGCUGAUGAAGCUCAUGGAGUGGCCCAACCAGAUGUGGGUGCCGCGCGUCUUUGAGGCCGUCUUCAAGUCGACGCUCGACAUGAUCACGAAGAACUUCGAGGACUUCCCCGAGCACCGCUCCAACCUCUUCAACCUGCUGCGGGCGAUCAACCACCACUGCUUCCCCGCCCUCCUCCAAGGGGCCGACAACUUCACGCUGAUCAUCGAGUCGAUCAAGUGGGCCUUCAAGCACACGGAGCGGACCGUGGCGGAGACGGGGCUGCACACGCUGCUCGAGCUGCUGCAGAAUGUGCAGGCGUCGACGGUGAUGAACGCCUUUUAUGUCCAGUACUACCUCGGGCUGCUGCAGGACGUGUUUGCCGCGCACCUCUUUGUCGCCGUCGAGUCGGGCGCCAUCACCUCGCCGCUCUGGCCGCAGGACGGCUCCGUCGCGGCGACGUCAAACGGCCAGUACGUGCGCGAGCUGCUGCUGCAGAUGUUCACCACCUCGUUUCCAAACCUGACGGCGGCGCAGCUUCAGUCGACGAUCGCGGGGGGGCACUUGAACCUGGGCCUCCGCCCCCCAUCCUGGGACCAGUCCGCCUUCAAGCAGCACCUCCGCGACUUUUUGGUGCAGGUCAAGGAGUUUGGGGACUCCACGGACCUGUUUGCGGAGGAGCGGCAGCAGGAGCUGGAGACGAAGGCCAAGGAGGUCCGAACGCGGCAGGAGCAGAUCCCGGGGCUGCGCAACCCUCACCAGCGCAACGACGACAUGACUAUGGACUGAGCGGGGCGGAGAGAGGAGAGGGGUUGGAGGGGGCGGGGCGGGGGCGGGGGGGCUGCUGCCGGCUGCAGUCGCCCCACGCUGCGGCGGCGGGCGCGACGCGGCGGCGGUCGCUCCCGCCGGCGGGCGCGCGCAGGGGCGCCGUCGCCGCCGCCACCAUUGCUACUGCUGUUGCUGCUGCUGCUGAUCUGCUGCUGCUGCUGCUGCUGCUGCUGCUGCUGCUGCUGCUGCUGCUGCUGCGAGGCCGCCGCGAUUCGCACCGCGGCACGAGCGUGUCGGGCUCGUGCGUUUUGCGCCCCCCCCCCCCCCCCCCCUUUCACUUGCGGGACAUGGCGUUGAAGGGGACCCCGAGGCUCUCGCGGGGCACGCGCCGCCCUACUGUACGGUGCCUCUGCCUCGCGCCCGGGGCGUCUGUAUCCCUACAAGUACUUUUUCACGUUUCUCACACGGCUCGCACCAAAUAAAAUAAUUAAUAAAGACUCGCACAUCGGAGUUCGGACGCCCCGCGCGCUCAGUGGCGCUCAUCCGUCGUCAUCGGUCUCAUGGCCAUCUCUCCACACUCCAUACCUUGGCGCCCCUGCCCUCCGAACGUCGCCCUCGGCCAGGUCGCCGAGCAUCUGACGCAUCGUCCUCUGUGCGUCGCGCCCGAGCCCCUUCGCCCACUCGGCGCUCCUCACCGCCACGCCGGCGAGGAUCUGGCCAACCGCUUUGGCGCCGACGCGACCAAACACCUUGUUGAUCGCCUGCGGCAUCAGCUGGUCAAAGAGGAGGCCGUCGAGGAAAGUUGUCAGGUCGAGGCCGCCGCCAUCCUUUGCGGCCACCGGCCGAAGGAGCAGCGCCUUGACGACCACAACGUCGGUGACCUCCGCCACGCGCUCGCAGAAUCGCCGCUCCUCGCUCUCCGUCCGCCUCAGGCCGCCGCCCUUUGCGGCCGCCCCGCCUACCGCGCCACCGCCGUCGAUGCCCAGCCCUGCCGCGUUCGUAAUCUUGUUCAGCGCGCCGGAAACAAAGUCGCCACCCGCCCCUGCCGACCCGGCCGCCUCCACGUCCGCCGCGCCGGCCGCCAGCGAGCGGCUCGAGAUUCUCCCCUCUCUCGGGCUCUUUUUGAGGUCCCUCUCGGUGUCGCCCUGGUAGCCGGUGAACAGGUCCUUGAUGCCGACGCUCACGUCGCGAAAGGAGACCUCACCGCACGAGAGCCGCAGCGGCAAGCUGCUCAGCGCCUCGCGCAGCUCCGCGACGCUGCCCAGCCGCAGCGCCGUCUCGCCAGAGUUCUCCUUGAGCUGCUCCAGCGCGGUGCGCCGCUUGGGCGGCGGCGGCGGCGGCAGGCAGCCGGCGUGCAUCCAGUGCAGGCGCAUGUCAACCUCGCCGGAGAAGCCUUUGCCGAGCUCCGAAGGGCCGAGCGCGCGCACCGCCGAGCCGCGCAGCUUGGCGUCGGAGAGAAGGAAGGUGCCCGAGACGGAGCCGUCGCGCGAGCGCGCCAGCGGCGGCGCGUGCUUGCAGUAGUCUGGCUGCGUCACCAGGUACUUGAGCGUGAGGACCCACUGGCCGAGCAGCUGGUCGCGGCCGACGGACGAGUAGACGCACACGUGCAGCACGGUGGACGGGUCAGAGACACGCAGCAGCAUCUCGUCGUCGAAGACCCACUCCCCGCCAGACCCCUCCGCCCCGCCGACCAACGUGCCGAUGGUGGUCAGCAGAGCCACGCCGCGCGCUCGCACGACGCAAAACGGCUUGGUGCCGCUCCGGCGCAGGCCGCGGACCGCGCCGAUGCGCAGGCGCAGGAGGUUUGGCAGCGCCGGCGCAGGCUGUCGGCGGCAGCAGCUGCGCGCCCUGGAGGCGAGCGCCGCGCGCACCUCUCGCUCCGCAAUCUCGCGGGUGAGUGCGUUGAUGUUGAGCUGGCCCUGGUACAGCUCGAAGAAGAGCUUGACGCGCUGGACCCGAGUCUGCUCGAAGUGGACCGGCACGGGCUGAAGCCUGCCCGUGCGCAGCAGCUCGCGCAGCCACCGCAAGUCGAUCGUGAGCAGAAAGUCGAGCGCGCCCGCCGACACAAAGUGGCGGUGCGGGCAGUCGAGGGAGGGCGGGUUGGAGAGGGAGAAGUCCUCGACGUAGAGGCGGAGGCGGAGGCGCGCCGGCCGCAGCUCCAGCCACGGCGAGAGGUGGAUGGCGCCGAGGGUCAGCGGGUAGCCGAACAAGCCGAAGCGCGUGACGGCCUGCGACACGGCCCAGCCGAGCAGCCGCGGCAGCCGCAGGUAGGCGUACCCGAGCAAGGCGGCGGCGACGAGCCAGGGGAAGGCGACGAGGGCGAGAAGCAGGAGGGGCAGCCCGAGCAGCGCGAUCGCGCAAGCGUUGCGCGGCGUCGGGCGCGGCCGCAGGUCGAUGGGCGACGGGAAGCAGGCCGAGGACACCGCGUCCGAGGAGGAGGAGGACCUGCGGCCCGUGGCCCGGCGCCACUCCCAAACCGCAUGCCCGUUAUUCCAUUGCCCCAAUGGAUCUGACCAGCUCGAGUGCCUCGGCCCGCGAGCCUUCCGCCCCCUCGCCCGCGCCUGCCGCCCCCUCGUCCGCGCCUGCAAGAGGGACGCCGCCCUGGCGCGAUCGAGGUAGCUCUGCUUGGGAGGAGCCAUAGCCGGCGGCGCGAUCUCGUCGACGUGCAGCCCAGGCAGGAGAUAGCUCUGCUUUGCCGGCGGCGCGAUCUUCUCGACGGCGUGCAGCCCAGGCAGGAUGUCGAGGGCCACCGCCGCCGCCGGCUGCUGCGGCUGCUGCGGCUGCUGCGGCUGCUGCGGCUGCUGCGGCUGCUGCUGCCCCUGCCCAGGCGCCAUGUCGCGGCACCGCGCCCACGCCGACUCGGCUUUGGCGUCCAGCACCGACGUUAGCUGGUCGAGCAGCUCCAUCGCCUCCCGCCUCUCCCUCUUGGGAAACAGGUGCGCCGCAUUCUUAGCGCGCAACGCCUCGACUGACGGCGCGCCCGAGCUAAAGAGUCUCGUCGGCACGGCAAGGAAGCCACCGAGGAAAAAGCCGCCCAUUUUCCGCCUCGUGCUUCGCCCGCGCACGCAUGCCUGCAGCUGAACGACAGCGAGCUCCUGCUCGUCCGUCUCCGCUCGGCCGCGCUCACGCGGGUUUCGGCGCGACGAGGCCUUUGAUCUGGCGAAGAGCUUUCGCGGCGUCAGCGGCAUCGGAGGCCGUCGCGGCGGUGGCAGUCUACAGGUGAGCAGAGGGCGAAGGC